CGAGCGUCCGCAGCAGCCGAGCCGCGGCCUCCGCCGGCGUCGCCGCCAUUAGACAAUAGGAGCGGGCGGGCGGGCGGCGGGCGGGGCGCGGGGCGCGCCGGGGCCGGGCGCGGGAGGGGGCGCAGCGAGCGGCCCCCGGAGCUGCCGAUCGGCGCCGGGACAAAGGCGCGGCCGCCCGGCGCCCCGAACAGCCCGAGUCGGGGCGCGCAGUCGGGGCGCAGCCCGCGCCCCCCGCCGCGACUGACAUGAUGUUUCCACAAAGCAGGCAUUCGGGCUCCUCGCACCUCCCCCAGCAGCUCAAGUUCACCACCUCCGACUCCUGCGACCGCAUCAAGGACGAGUUCCAGCUGCUGCAGGCCCAGUACCACAGCCUGAAGCUAGAAUGUGACAAGCUGGCCAGCGAGAAGUCGGAGAUGCAGCGACACUAUGUCAUGUACUACGAGAUGUCCUAUGGCUUGAACAUCGAGAUGCACAAACAGGCCGAGAUCGUGAAGCGGCUGAACGGCAUCUGCGCCCAGGUCCUCCCCUACCUGUCUCAGGAGCACCAGCAGCAGGUUCUGGGAGCCAUCGAGAGGGCCAAGCAGGUCACCGCGCCGGAGCUGAACUCCAUUAUCCGACAGCAGCUGCAGGCGCACCAGCUCUCGCAGCUGCAGGCGCUGGCGCUGCCGCUGGCGCCGCUGCCCGUGGGGCUGCAGCCGCCGGCGCUGCCGGCCGUGGGCGCGGGCUCGGGGCUGCUGUCGCUGUCGGCGCUGGGCUCGCAGGCGCACCUGUCCAAGGAGGACAAGAACGGCCACGACGGCGACGCGCACACCCGACGACGACGGCGACAAGUCCGACUAGCGGGGCGGGGCGCGGGGGGCGCCGGGACGCCCGCGGGGGCACCGAGGAGGCCCCCCCCCACUCGGCUGGGGAGGCGAAGCCCAGGGGCAGAGGUGGGGUCCAGGGACCCGGCACCCCGCAGCCCACACUCCCACCGCCGGCACCGUGGGGGUCGCCCCAGGGCGCCCCACCCCAGGCCCUGCAUGGAAGCCGCGGAGCUGCCCCCCCCCGACCCCCCCCCCCCCGGCUACCUGCUGACACUUCCACGGCAGCCCAAUGUCACCGGCUGGGGGGAAGCCACGGCUGACCCCUCCCCGACCCCCCGGUGUGAGGUGGCAGUGGCCCGGUGUGGGGGAGCCUCAGUUUCCCGGGUGCGCGCUCCCCGCACUCUGCCCCCCUCGACUCCAGCCCCCCCGUCUGCAGCUCUUCCCUCCAAUUCCACCCCGCCCCACUUCCAGCCUCCCGCACCCCGCGGGGGGGGCUCCCGGAUCGGCAGGAUGUACCCCCAAGGAAGGCACCCGACCCCGCUUCAGUCCGGCCAGCCCUUCAAGUUCUCGAUCUUGGAGAUCUGCGACCGCAUCAAGGAGGAAUUCCAGUUUCUUCAGGCUCAGUACCACAGCUUGAAGCUGGAAUGUGAGAAGCUGGCCAGCGAGAAGACGGAGAUGCAGCGGCACUAUGUUAUGUACUACGAGAUGUCCUACGGACUGAACAUUGAGAUGCACAAACAGGCUGAGAUUGUGAAGCGGCUCAGUGGAAUCUGCGCUCAGAUUAUUCCCUUCCUCACCCAGGAGCACCAGCAGCAGGUGUUGCAGGCGGUGGAGAGGGCCAAGCAGGUGACCGUGGGCGAGCUGAACAGCCUCAUUGGGCAGCAGCAGUUCCAGCCCUUAUCCCAUCAUGCCCCGCCGGUGCCCCUCACCCCGCGGCCGGCCGGGCUGGUGGGGGGCAGCGCCACUGGGCUGCUCGCUCUGUCGGGAGCGCUGGCUGCACAGGCCCAGCUAGCAGCCGCUGCCAAAGAGGACCGCGCAGGGGUGGAGGCCGAGGGAUCUGGGGUGGAGAGAGCUGCAAGCAGGAGCGCGUCCCCCUCGCCCCCUGAGAGCCUGGUGGAAGAGGAGCGACCCGGCGGCCCCGGGGGCCCUGGCAAGCAGAGGCCCGAGGACAAGGAGCUGUCUGGACCUUAUGAAAGCGAUGAGGACAAAAGCGACUACAACCUGGUGGUGGACGAGGACCAGCCCUCAGAGCCCCCCAGCCCGGCCACCACCCCAUGUGGGAAGGCGCCCAUCUGUGUCCCCGCACGGCGGGACCUGGUGGACAGUCCAGCCUCCCUGGCCUCUAGCCUUGGCUCACCGCUCCCUAGAGGCAAAGAGAUUGGCCUGAGUGACCUUCCCACGGGGACCUCCGCCUGCAAGUCCUCUGACUCCUCCCCACCCCAGGACGCUUCCACGCCCGGGCCCAGCUCGGCCAGCCACCUCUGCCAGCUGGCCGCCAAGCCUGCGCCGUCCACGGACAGCAUCACCCUGCGGAGCCCCCUGACUCUGUCCAGCCCCUUUACCACGUCCUUCAGCCUGGGCUCCCACAGCACCCUCAAUGGGGACCUCUCCAUGCCCAGCUCCUAUGUCAGCCUCCACCUGUCCCCCCAAGUCAGCAGCUCGGUGGUCUAUGGACGGUCUCCCAUGAUGGUAUUUGAGUCGCACCCACAUCUCCGGGGGUCGUCCAUCUCCUCCUCUCUGCCCAGCAUCCCUGGUGGAAAGCCGGCCUACUCCUUCCACGUGUCCGCCGACGGCCAGAUGCAGCCGGUGCCCUUCCCCUCGGACGCGCUGGUGGGCACGGGCAUCCCGCGGCACGCGCGCCAGCUGCACACGCUGGCGCACGGCGAGGUGGUCUGCGCCGUCACCAUCAGCGGCUCCACGCAGCACGUGUACACGGGCGGCAAGGGCUGCGUGAAGGUGUGGGACGUGGGCCAGCCCGGCACCAAGACGCCCGUGGCCCAGCUGGACUGCCUGAACCGGGACAACUACAUUCGCUCCUGCAAGCUGCUGCCCGACGGCCGCAGCCUGAUCGUGGGCGGAGAGGCCAGCACCUUGUCCAUCUGGGACCUGGCGGCGCCCACGCCGCGCAUCAAGGCCGAGCUGACCUCCUCGGCCCCGGCCUGCUACGCCCUGGCCGUCAGCCCCGACGCCAAGGUCUGCUUCUCCUGCUGCAGCGACGGCAACAUCGUGGUGUGGGACCUGCAGAACCAGACCAUGGUCAGGCAGUUCCAGGGCCACACCGACGGGGCCAGCUGCAUCGACAUCUCUGACUACGGCACCCGGCUGUGGACGGGAGGCCUGGACAGCACCGUGCGCUGCUGGGACCUGCGGGAGGGCCGCCAGCUCCAGCAGCACAACUUCACUUCCUGAAUCUUCUCCCUCGGCCACUGUCCCAACCAGGACUGGCUGGCUGUGGGCAUGGAGAGCAGCAACGUGGAGGUGCUGCACGUGCGUAAGCCCGAGAAGUACCAGCUACACCUGCACGACAGCUGCGUGCUCUCGCUCAAAUUCGCCUCCUGUGGGCGCUGGUUCGUGAGCACGGGCAAGGACAACCUGCUGAACGCCUGGAGGACACCCUACGGAGCCAGCAUCUUUCAGUCCAAGGAGUCAUCCUCCGUCCUGAGCUGUGACAUCUCCAAAAACAACAAAUACAUCGUGACGGGCUCCGGGGACAAGAAAGCCACCGUGUAUGAGGUGGUGUACUGAGACCACCUUCCCCUGCGCCCAGUCCGGCUCCCUGGGGUGACCGGGGUGGGGCCUCCCUGCGUCCCUGCGGAGGUGGGGCGUGGCUCAGGGGAAUAAAUGUUCUUCUCA